GCGCCGGGGGCGGCCUGCGCUGGAGCCUGGUGUGCGUGCUGUGUGUGGUGCUCUUGUCCGCAAGUUCCCCUCCCUGUUCCAGGACCAUGGCCACCGACUCGUGGGCCCUAGCGGUGGACGAGCAAGAGGCGGCUGUCAAGUCGAUGAACAAUUUGCAGAUCAAGGAAGAGAAAGUCAAAGCAGACACUAAUGGUGUUAUCAAAACCAGCACUCCUGCAGAGAAGACAGAUGAAGAGGAGAAAGAGGACAGAGCUGCACAGUCUUUACUCAAUAAGCUGAUCAGAAGCAACCUUGUGGAUAACACAAACCAAGUGGAAGUCCUGCAACGGGAUCCCAACUCCCCACUCUACUCAGUGAAGUCUUUUGAAGAGCUUCGCCUGAAGCCACAGCUUCUCCAAGGCGUUUAUGCCAUGGGCUUCAAUCGACCAUCUAAGAUACAAGAGAAUGCACUACCCAUGAUGCUUGCUGAACCCCCACAGAAUCUAAUUGCCCAGUCUCAGUCUGGCACCGGAAAAACAGCUGCCUUUGUCCUGGCCAUGCUCAGUAGAGUGGAACCAGCAGACAGAUACCCUCAGUGUCUGUGUCUCUCCCCAACAUAUGAGCUGGCACUUCAAACAGGAAAAGUGAUUGAGCAAAUGGGAAAAUUUCAUCCAGAACUAAAGCUUGCCUAUGCUGUCCGUGGCAAUAAAUUGGAAAGAGGUCAGAAGAUCAGUGAGCAGAUUGUCAUUGGCACUCCGGGGACUGUCCUGGACUGGUGCUCCAAGCUCAAGUUCAUUGACCCCAAGAAGAUCAAGGUGUUUGUUCUGGACGAGGCAGACGUGAUGAUAGCUACUCAGGGCCACCAGGACCAAAGCAUCCGCAUCCAGAGGAUGCUGCCCAAGAACUGCCAGAUGCUGCUUUUCUCUGCCACCUUUGAAGACUCAGUGUGGCAGUUUGCCCAGAAAGUGGUCCCAGACCCCAAUGUUAUCAAACUGAAGCGCGAGGAGGAGACGUUGGACACCAUCAAGCAGUAUUACGUCCUGUGCAAUAACAGAGAUGAGAAGUUCCAGGCCUUGUGCAACCUGUAUGGGGCCAUCACCAUCGCUCAAGCCAUGAUCUUCUGCCACACCCGCAAAACUGCUAGUUGGCUGGCAGCAGAGCUCUCCAAAGAAGGGCACCAGGUGGCUCUGCUGAGUGGUGAGAUGAUGGUGGAGCAGAGGGCUGCCGUGAUUGAGCGCUUCCGCGAAGGCAAGGAGAAAGUUCUGGUGACCACCAACGUGUGUGCCCGGGGGAUUGAUGUUGAACAAGUGUCUGUUGUCAUCAACUUCGAUCUUCCUGUGGACAAGGAUGGGAACCCCGACAAUGAGACUUACCUGCACCGGAUUGGGCGCACCGGCCGCUUUGGCAAAAGAGGCCUGGCCGUGAACAUGGUCGACAGCAAGCACAGCAUGAACAUCCUGAACAAAAUCCAGGAGCAUUUUAAUAAGAAGAUAGAAAGAUUGGAUACGGAUGAUUUGGAUGAGAUUGAAAAAAUAGCUAACUGAGAAGCUCCACCAGUGAGUCGCUGGUGCUCACACUCGGCGCUGCCCAGCCCAGGAGACUAGUGCUUUCAUGGCAUCGGCCUUGACGGCACCUCAAAGACAAAGGCACGAGUAGAGAAGCUACCUACCUCAUUCACAAUUACGUUUGGACUUGACAAAAAUUUGUGCAAAUCUAGGGGAAAAUCAGAGGAAACUUGCAUUUUGGUAAAUAAUCUGCCCUCCUAAAUCCUACAGGUCUUUUUGAGGUCACAUUUUCCCUCUUUUUAUAGUAAUCUGUUUGCUCUAUGAUUGCUUUCCCCAAGACCUCUGCCUUCCCUCUAGCUGGGGUUUAGGAUCAUACUGCAGCCCUGCAGAAAUUACAUAGGUAGUUGUAGUUGGGAGAGACCACCAAGAUAGUGUGUGGCUGGGCACCAAUGGCUUACGCCUAUAGUACUAGCUACUCAGGAGGCUGAGAUCUUAGGAUUGUGAUUCAAAG